AAUCCUAUAAGACACGUGACGGCCGAGCCUCGUUCAAAUAUUUUCUUCGAUAAUUUAAAAAUUGAAACAACCACAUUUGUCUGGCGUAUGUGGUGUGACUAUUAAUUCUCCUCAACUAACCAAACAAACAAGAUAAAACGACUUUAAACAAAGCGAUAUAUGGCAGUAGAGAGUUGAUAAGAAACACGUCAACAUGAGGGUCGUAUUUUGGUAUGGCGUAGAGGUGGUUUCCCUCGGAUGAUCAGCUCAAAAUUCGAUUUUACUUGCCAAAAGACUAAUUGCUGUUAAAUGUUUUGGUAAAGCAAAAUAAAAGCCAGGAGAGUUAAAAAGGGUUGUUUGAGUGCAACGCAAAUCAGGUGUAAAUUUGAUUCUACUUGCCAAAAGAUUAUCUAUCGCUGUUAAAUGGUUAGGUAAAGCAAAGUGAAAGCCAGACGGAUUUAAAAUAGUUGUUUUGGGGCAAAUGCGGAAAAGUUGAAGCCAUUAGUUAAUGUUGUAGCAAAGAUCGUUAUGAAAAGCCAAAAGUAAAUGUUAUAUACAGAGUGUAUAUGAAUAGGUAAAUUCUCAAUUGAUCAUUUAUAACUAUUGAAGUCAAAAAGAUAUUCGUGUCUACGAGUCAAUUCGUUUUUUUGUUUUUCAAAGACACGCUCUUUUCUUCCUUUGAGUUUACUCUUGAUUUAAUUAAAUUACUAAAAACCCUAUACAUUCGCAUAUAGACUGUGCAUUAUUGCAAGGUAUCAAAAGCGGAAGACUUAACUAGAUCUCGUGAUCGCCCAUUGCGGUAGUUCAGCAAUGGUGACAUUCCGAAUGCCAGAGCUUGAAAUGAAACCAAAAUUGUUAUAAAAAUCGAUGAUAUAGAGCAGUGGUUCUCAACCUUUUCGUCUUUGCGGACCCUUCUGGUGCUCUCAGAGCGGUCGCGGACCCCUCAAAAGUUUUUUUAAUUGAAAUUUAGUUUAUAGCUUAAACAGCAACCUAAUGUUCCAUAUAGAUUCAACCAAAUCAAAAAUAACGCCAAACUAGUGGACAUUUUCAUUUAUUUUGUCAAAUCGAAUACACUUAAUGAGAUUUCUGCUGUUGCAUAUCAGAAGCAAGUCUUAAAAUACGUGGUCGUGUUUUUGAUAACGAUAGACGCAUAUCGUCUUCGACGUUUAGUUGGUUACGAGCCUUGAAUUUGAUAUAAACGAGAGCAGAAAAUGCAUUUUCACAAAGGUAAGUGAAGGCGAAUGGAACAAUAACGCGAAACGCGAUACUUUUGGGUACGACGGCAAAAUGGCACACCAAAACUGAGAAAGUGAUCACUGUAGCUACGUGCUCGUAUUUAUCAUUGUGAUGUCAUAACCCGUAUUUGUCACAAUAAGUCUACGGGAGAUGGAUCAAAAUAAUUUUUGUAGGCUAUUGUCACAUUGUCAUAGGCAGCAAAUUUCCGAGCGUAUUACAAAAAAAAAACGAUAUUGAACUGUAAAUAAUUUCCUAAAAUCCUAAUUUAAUCGCGGACCUCCUGGAAAUGCUUCGCGGACCACUGGGGGUCCGCGGAACCCCGGUUGAGAACCACUGAUAUAGAGUCUGUAUAAUGUCUGUCCGUUUGCGAAUGAGAUGGAUGUGUAAAAUACAUAGCGAAAAUAUCGAGUAGUUUACUAGCUUUUAGCAUAAUGAGGUACAAUAUUGCAACAUUACUCAAAAUCUAAUAUUUAUAUAAAGAUACAUUCCAAAUUCACCUAUUUUUGUCUGAUAACCUCUCAGUGAAGUGAAAUGCCGGCAAUUGGAAUCGAUCUUGGAACUACUAAUUCAUGUGUUGCAGCAUACAGAAAUGAUCGGGUUGAAAUCAUAGCGAAUGAUCUCGGGCAUAGAAUAACUCCAUCAUUUGUUUCAUUUAACGACGAUGAAAGAUUAGUUGGACAUGCCGCAAAGGAAGAAGCGUCAUCUAAUUUUGAGAAUACUCUUUUUCAAAUAAAGAGACUGAUUGGGCGCCCGUACGACGAUCCUGUUGUGCAAAGUGAUAAGGAAUUAUGGGGAUUUGAGGUUGUCAACAAAAACAAUAAACCUACUAUUUCGAUAAAGUACAAAGGCCAGCGAAAAAUGUUUUGCCCCGAAGAAAUCAGUGCAAUGGUUCUCGAAUCAUUAAAGCAAACGGCGGAAGAUUUUUUGGGCGAAACUGUUACAGAUGCAGUUAUUACUGUGCCUGCAUACUUCAACGAUGCUCAGCGCAGUGCGACAAGAGAUGCUGGGAAAAUAGCUGGACUCAACGUUAUUCGAAUGAUCAAUGAACCAACCGCUGCAGCACUCGCAUAUGGCCUUGACAAAGAGCGUGAGGGAGCGCAGAAAGUUCUUAUCUUCGACCUUGGCGGUGGAACAUUUGACGUAACUGUUUUAACUAUCGACGGUAGAAUAUUCGACGUUCAUGCUACUGGAGGAGACACGCAUUUGGGAGGUGAUGAUUUUGACAAUCGUAUGGUGGAAUUUUUUGUGGCCGAAUUCAAACGUAUGAAUGAAGAUUGCCACUUUUCUUUGUCAUCUAACAAAAGGGGAAUGAAUCGUUUGCGGAUUGCUUGUGAAGCGGCAAAGAGGAAAUUGUCGGUCUCUACCAAGGCUAAGAUACAUAUAGAUGGGCUCCACGAUGGCAUUGACUUCGCCAGUAACAUUUCUCGGGCUAAAUUCGAAGAGCUCAAUUAUGACUUCUUUGCGAAAACUAUGCAAACGGUUGAAGACGUGCUAUCUGACGCAAACAUGGACAAAGAAGAGAUUGACAACGUUGUAGUAGUCGGUGGAUCAACUCGCAUUCCAAAAAUACGUGAACUUCUGGAAGAUUUCUUCAAUGGAAAAAAAAUAAGUAAAACUAUAAACCCCGAUGAAGCUGUCGCAUAUGGAGCUGCUGCUCUUGCUGCAAACUUAUCAAGUGGAUCUCAGAAAGAGAUAAAAGAAUUUACCCUGCGUGAUGUUGCUCCGUUGUCACUUGGCUAUAAAAAUAGUAGAGGAGACAUGGUCACUGUAAUUAAAGGAAACACCAAAAUUCCAACGGAAGAAUGGGAUAGCGCGAAAACAGCGCAUGAUUAUCAAACUGUGGCAACAAUAGAAAUCUUUGAGGGCGAACGAGCUGCAACGAAGGACAACAAUCGCCUUGGUAGUUUUGACGUAAAUGACAUACCGUCUGCAUUGCGUGGCGUGGAAGAGUUUUCAAUCUGCUUUUCAAUUGAUGCAAGCGGAAUAUUGACGGUAAAAGCGAGUAACAAAAGCACAGGAAAGUCAAAUCAAAUAUCGAUAUCAAAUGACAGGGGUAGAUUGAGCGCAAAAGAGGUUUCAAAAAUGGUUGCAGAUGCAGAACGAUUCAGAAAAGAGGAUGCGGCAUGGAAAGAAGGAAGUAGAGCAAGAAAUGCACUCGAAAAUUUCGUGUACUCAGUUAAGCAUUCGGUGGAACAAAUGGAAGAGGGCAGUGUCAUAAACAGUGAUGAUAAGAAAUGCGUGGUAGAUAAAUGCGCGGAAAUACUUGCUUGGAUCGAUCUUAAUGAGAAUCCCAAGAAAGAAGAUUCGGAAAGAAAGCAACAAGAAUUAGAAACUUUAUUUCAGCCGAAACUCGCCAUGAUGCCCGAAUAACGAGUUAAACUAUUGAUAUGUAGUCAAGCUUUCAGGCUGCAUUACCGUUACUUUCUUAACCCCAAAAUAAAUAUAUUGUCAGAUAGUAUAAGCCGUGGUUUCUGUACAUAAACAAUAAAUUUAUUGGUGAACUUUUUAAUUGUAUUAUAUCAUUUUGUUUUUACAUAUAUCCGAAGUUUAAUUAUG